AUGCCCGGCCCGGGGGGCGGCCCCCCACCCGGCUGCUCCAGGCUCCAGCACAGGAGGAGCGGGGCAGGGUGGGUGGCACCACCAGUGGGGCCGUCAGGCCUGGCGCGCACGCAUUCCGGAGGCCCCCCAGACCAUGCUCCGCCGCCUAGGACGCCGAGCUGCAGUCGCCCUCUGUGCGUAGGCAGCAGCCGCCUGGCACCUCCCAAGCUCGCUGGCGAUCCCAGCAUCGCAGAACCAGGACAAGGUGUCCUGCUGGCUGCCGCCAAGCCAGGCAUUCUGCCAAACAGCGGCUGCACCGGGGCGAGAACUGAGAACCUGCCGCUCACCCCAUCCCCGGGUGAUUACCGAGUGCCCGUGCCAGCGGCCGCGAUCUCCCUGCGGUAGAAGCGUGGGACCGAGGCCCGGCCUGGGCGCCCUCAGGCUGGGCGCGCUGGCGAUCCCGAGACCGCGCAGGCCAUGCCCCUCCAGCCCUCCAGGGCGCAGCUGCAGCCACCCUCUGCGUACAGGCAGCAGCCUCCAGGCAAGCCCCGAGCCCGCCCGCACUCCCAACAUCUCAGAACCCGGGCCAGAUGAACCAGUGGCUGCGGCCAAGCCAGGCGGUCUGCCGUGCAGCGGCUGCACAGGAACGGGAGCCGGCCCUCAGCCCCACCCGGGCUGGCUGCACAGGGCGCCUGGCCAGGAGUCCCGAGCUCCCGCAGAGGAGGAGCCGCGGGGCAGGGCCUGGAGGGCUCUCCGGCCCGGUGCACUCGCGAGCCGGAGGCCGCCCGGGCCGUGCUCCGCCGCCUGGGCGCCCGGCCGCCGGGCACCUCCCAAGCUCGCCGGCGCUCCCAGCCUCGCCGAACAGGGGCCAGAUGUCGCCGUGGCUGCGGCCAAACCAGGAGGUCUGCGCGGCGGCCCUGA